AUGCUGAGGAGCGCGCUUCUCACUCAGGCAUUCAUGCAAGCUCCUUCCCGGGACUUUUUGCCUUGCACCCCAGAAAUCACUUUAGUUGCAAAGCGCUUGGACAAGUUCAAAACUACAAUUUUCACGCAAAUGAGUAUGCUAGCUAUGAAGCAUGGAGCAAUUAAUCUCGGCCAAGGCUUCCCCAAUUUUGAUGGGCCCGAGUAUGUCAAAGAAGCAGCCAUUGAAGCCAUCAAAGAAGGGAAGAACCAAUAUGCUCGUGGAUGUGGAGUUCCUGACCUCAACUCAGCAGUGGCAGCCCGGUUCAAGAAAGAUACUGGACUUGUGGUUGACCCUGAAAAGGAAGUUACCGUCACUUCAGGAUGCACUGAAGCAAUUGCCGCAACCAUGUUGGGCUUGAUUAAUCCUGGUGAUGAGGUGAUCUUGUUUGCUCCUUUUUAUGAUGCUUAUGGAGCUACACUGUCCAUGGCUGGUGCCAAAAUAAAGUGUGUCACCUUACGGCCUCCAGAUUUUUCUGUCCCCAUUGAUGAGCUCAAGUCCAUGAUCUCAAAGAACACUCGAGCAAUCGUGAUAAACACUCCACAUAACCCCACAGGAAAAAUGUUUACUCGAGAAGAACUUAAUGUGAUUGCUUCCCUCAGCAUUGAGAAUGAUUUUUUGGUUUUUACUGAUGAAGUUUAUGACAAGUUAGCUUUUGAAAUGGAUCACAUCUCCAUGGCUUCUCUUCCUGGGAUGUACGAGCGGACUGUAACCAUGAAUUCUUUGGCGAAGACAUUCUCUCUAACAGGCUGGAAAAUUGGGUGGGCAAUAGCUCCCCCGCAUCUGACAUGGGGAGUGAGGCAAGCACACUCGUUCCUAACAUUUUCUACGUCAACGCCCAUGCAAUAUGCAGCUGCAACAGCCCUUGGAUCCCCAGACUCUUAUUAUAAGGAGCUGAAGAGGGAUUACAUGGCAAAGAAAGCGAUUCUGGUGGAGGGAUUGAAAGCUGUGGGUUUCACGGUAUACCCAUCGAGUGGAACCUUCUUUGUGGUUGUGGAUCACACCCCUUUUGGACACGAAAAUGAUGUCGCCUUCUGUGAGUAUCUGAUCAAGGAAGUCGGGGUUGUCGCAGUUCCAACGAGCGUAUUUUAUCUAAAUCCAGAAGAUGGAAAGAAUCUCGUACGAUUCACCUUCUGCAAAGAUGAGGGAACUCUCAGGAGUGCAGUUGAGAGGAUGAAAGAGAAGCUGCUGAGGAAGUGA